GAAACCCUCGCUCGUGCUCUCUCUCUCUCUCUCUCUCUCUCUGGCCCUUUCUCUGAGUACACUUUCUCUCUCUAGAAUUGGGCAUGGAAGAGGGCAACCACAAGGGUUUAGAUCUAGUGAGGGAGCUUGUCCGCCGCUUAUUCUUCACGAACUCCAAUCCCUCCAAACAAGAUGAAGAACAAGCUCUCAAGUAUGCGAUUCGCAUUCUAUCCAGCCAACUUACGCCGUCGAUAGCCGCCGACGAGGCUGCCAUGGCCGAGUCCAUCAAGCGCCGCCUCGCCACCCAAGGUAAAUCCUCCGACGCUCUCACUUUCGCCGACCUCUACUUCAAAUUCGCCGCCAAAACCGGCCCUGGAAGCGUCAACAACAAGUGGGCCGUGCUCUAUUUGCUCAAAGUCGUCUCCGAGGAUCGGAGCAACCAAAAGGUUCGAUCCGAUUCCACCGUUUCGUUUUCUGGACUAUCUCGAUUGUUUGAUGCUCAAUUGAAUCAUAGCUCCAGUUCUGCUGCGAACGGUACUUCUACUUCUAGGGCUUUGAGUAAUCGGCAGAAGGUAGAGAAGGGUUGGAGUGGCGGUGUCUUGAUGGUGUCGAAAGACCCUGACAAUAUUCGUGAUUUGGCGUAUAGGGAGUUUGCGAUUUUGUUGAAGGAAGAGAAUGAGGUGUCCGAGGAGGUUUUGGUUAGGGAUGUGCUGUACGCUUGCCAAGGAAUUGACGGGAAGUAUGUGAAAUUUGACAAAAAUGUUGAUGGGUAUACAUUACCGGAUGCUAUUAGAGCACCAAGAUCUACUAGGAUUAUGGUUAGGAAGCUCUGCGAGCUCGGGUGGUUGUUUAGGAAGGUUAAAGGGUAUAUAUCAGAGAGCAUGGAUCGGUUCCCAGCUGAAGAUGUUGGCACAGUUGGACAAGCCUUUUGUGCUGCACUGCAAGAUGAGCUUUCUGAGUAUUAUAAGUUGUUGGCUGUGCUUGAAUCGCAAGCUAUGAAUCCUGUCCCCCUGGUCUCAGAAAGUGCGAGUUCUGGAAACUAUAUAUCAUUGAGGAGGCUGUCCGUUUGGUUUGCUGAACCAAUGGUGAAAAUGAGGCUUAUGGCUGUUCUUGUUGACAGUUGCAAGGUUCUGAGGGGUGGGGCAAUGGCAGGGGCAAUUCAUAUGCACGCUCUUCAUGGUGAUCCACUUGUGCAUAAUUUCAUGAGGCGAUUACUGCGCUGUGUUUGUUCUCCCCUUUUUGAGAUGGUGAGGAGUUGGGUUUUAGAAGGGGAGCUUGAAGACAUAUUUGCUGAAUUUUUUGUUUUGAGUCAGCCAGUGAAAGCCGAGUCUCUUUGGACAGAGGGUUACCAGCUUCAUGCUGGAAUGCUUCCUUCUUUCAUAUCGCAAUCUCUUGCUCAGCGGAUAUUAAGGACUGGGAAGUCCAUAAAUUUCCUCCGGGUAUGCUGUGAGGAUCGCGGUUGGGCUGAUGCUGCAAUGGAAGCUGCUGCAGCUGCAGGUACCACAACAACAAGAGGGGGUCUUGGAUAUGGUGAAACCGAUGCACUUGAAUCCCUGGUUGCUGAAGCUGCAAAGAGAAUUGACAAGCAUCUGAUUGAUGUUCUGUACAAGAGGUACAAGUUCAAAGAACAUUGCCUUGCUAUUAAGCGUUAUUUACUACUUGGCCAAGGUGACUUUGUUCAGUAUCUAAUGGAUAUUGUUGGGCCAGAGUUAUCAGAGCCUGCUAAUAACAUAAGCUCAUUCAAGCUUGCUGGGUUGUUAGAAAGUGCAAUUCGGUCAUCUAAUGCACAGUAUGAUGAUCCCGACAUAUUGGAUAGGUUAAGGGUGAAGAUGAUGCCACACAAUGCUGGAGAUAGGGGCUGGGAUGUUUUUUCUUUGGAAUAUGAUGCAAGAAUUCCAUUAAACACUGUAUUUACAGAGUCGGUUAUGGAAAGGUAUUUAAGAAUCUUCAAUUUCUUGUGGAAGCUUAGACGGGUGGAACAUGCUCUUAUAGGGGCCUGGAAGACAAUGAAACCAAAUUCUAUCACUUCUCACUUUUUCAGUAAGCUGCAACAUUCUGUUAAGUUGCAGUUACUUUUGACCUCAAGACGAUGUCAAGUGCUUAGGGAUGACAUGAAUCAUUUUGUCACACAUUUGCAGUAUUAUAUUAUGUUUGAAGUCUUGGAGGUUUCGUGGUCUAAUUUUUCAAAUGAAAUGGAAGCUGCUAGGGAUCUUGAUGAUCUACUUGCAGCACAUGAGAAAUACCUGAAUUCAAUUGUUGAGAAAUCUUUACUCGGAGAAAGAUCUCAAACACUAUAUAAGACUCUCUUUGUUUUGUUUGAUCUUAUCCUACUAUUUCGGAGCCAUGCAGAUCGUUUAUAUGAAGGAAUUUACGAGUUGCAAGCAAGAAUCAUGGAGUCCUCUAGAGACAAGAGCAAAUCACGCUUGCCUUCAAAUGAUAAAGCAUCAAAGCCUGGAUCAUGGGUUAGUGAAGGCCGUAAGGCCCUAAUGCAACGGGCUUUUGAAUUUCUAAAAAAUAUGGAACAAGAACUGGAUGCAAUUGACAAGGAGUAUUCCUCAUUGCUUGAAAGCUUUAUAUCUUGGUUGCCUGUGCAACAACACAUUGAUUUGAAGUUUCUCCUUUUCCGGCUUGACUUCAAUGAAUUUUACAGCAGGAUUGAGCCCAACACAUAGACAUGGCUUACAGUGUCUUGUUUUGGUCCCAAUAAAUGUUUUAACAAUUCAAACCAUGGCAGAUUCUUGUUUAUUCACCGAUUGCCAAUGUGCAAAUGGCUUGCGGUGGACAGCUAACUCGGGAACUAGCACUUGCCUUUUCUAUUUGCCGUUUUGGAUGACUUCUGUUCUGGAUGGUUUGUUUGGAAGCUUUUUAAGGUAGUGUUGAAGGUAUAUUACUUUCAUGAUUAGUAUGCUGAUGUAGCUGUGUACAGUGUACACGUAUUAUAUUGUUCUACGACACCCAAAUGACGAUUUCAUGUGUUUUUGAGGUGGUUGCAAGCUAUUCAUGUUGAGUUUGUACAGCUGUACCAUAGUUCUGUGUUGGCUAAAUGGUAACAAUGCUGAUGUGAUGUUCGUGGCUUUGUGCCCUUUGAACCUUGUAGAGAAAGCAAACAUGCUGUGUUUCUGUGGAUUGAUGAUUAGGCUGGGAUACCAAACAGGAAAAGGAAAUAUUCAAGGGUAAGGCUCAAACCAGGGUUGAACUGACUUUCAAACAAUGAAUUAAAUAAAAGAUAAUUAUAACUUAAAUCUAAACAAUAAAAAAAGAAAUCAUAGUCCAAUCACUUGGUGAAUCGCCACAUUUUUGUCGGCCAGUUUUUUUUCCAUCCUGGUUUGACCAAUCAAUCCGGUUUAGUUUUUUAAAGCAGAGGUUUGGAUGCAUUAUGCCAAAUUUGUGGUUCAAUGGAGAUGGGUGUGUUGAGGAUCAUGUUUGGUUUGGUGAUGCAAUUGGUGCAUAUAGCAAUGACCAACAGGAGGCCUAAAUUGGAUAUGCUAAUCUCCUGCCUCUGCCUGGCCCAAUCCUCAAUUGGGAGGGUAUGAUUGUUGAGUUCUAUGCCAAAUUCUUGCAAGUUGAAUAAAAGUUCAGUACUAGUUGGCAAAGGGAGCUUUGAGUGCAAAUGAUGGUGUGAUUUCAUAUAUUAAGUGGUUUUGAGAAAGUGCUAGAUUGAAAAUGGUUCAAUACCUAACAGACCUUCAUUCAUAUACUUCUCAAGGGAAUGCAGUGAAUUUAAGGUAGAAUUGAUAAAUCAUCAUCUCUUUACAUUGUCUAGAUUAUUUUGAAUAUGCUAGCAACAUUAAAGACUUCGUUCAACCGCCCAAGGGUGAACAUUCAUUGGAACUGAACUGAAAUUUCUGAAAACCAAACAAACUGAACUAUUCUCCAAGCCAACUGAACCGAGCUAAAAGAGAAAACCAAGGAAACUGAUUGCUGAAACAACUUAAUAAACAAAACAAAUUGAACAAGAAACAAAAAGGGUUCUAUGAGGUUAACUUUAGGUCUGGUAUCACUUUAACCUAGAUAUGGCAUCAUUCAUUAUUAAGAAGAAAUGAAAAAAAGGUUUUUUUUUUUUUUGGGGGGGGGGGGGUGUGAAGACAAGGAAGAAGCAUUGGAAUUGGUUUCAAAUUGAGAAUAAUAGAAAAGAGGAUGAUGAAGAACGAAAGAAGUCUCAGAGGAGCCCCUUCUCUACUCAUCAAGCCGAGAUUUUUGUUUGGAAAAUCAAGAUUUGAGUUUGCAAGAAAAUGAAAAGAAAACAAAACAAAACAAAAAAAAAAAAAGAAAAAAGAAAAAGAAGACUAAUAGAAAGAAUUAGUCUUCUUUGAAACAUUUCGCUGCAACCAUCAUCAAGAAUCAGCACCUGGAAAUUAUUUGGAUGACUCGUGGUUACAACAAUUUUCAGACCAAGUAGGGACUUAUCCAAAUCAAACAAACAAGAGUACCUUAAGAAUCAAUGUAGAUAACUACUGUUAGAAUACAGUUGUUUUGCCUUUCAGGUUAAAGGAGGAUAAAUCUGUUCUUAGCAGCCAGAGUUGUCAAGCUGCUGCCAUUGAAUAGAGUCAACCAAAAAUGAUAUGCAAGUUCAAAAUAUUGCAUAUAUCAUUGAAUUUGGCAGGGAUUCUUUUCAGGAUUGUUGGUCUCUCUGAAUCUAUUCCAAAGGAAGAUUGCUAGCGAGUAAUUAGAAAUUAUGAUGUUUGGAGAAGUUGUAGAUCCUCUUCUUGAGCAUCAACAAUUACACUAGUGGAACCAUAAUGAUAUGAACAAUAGACGAAGGAAACCCUUUUAUGGAGGAACUUGUGUUGAUGGGGAUUUUAGGGCCUUUGGCUAAAAACCUCCACUAAAUUCAAGUGGUUUUAUGAUCAAAUGGGGCUUGCCUUAUGAUACCAGGUUUGAGCUACCAAGGCCAUACUGAGGAUCAACAUAACACGGUGAAAGAUGUGUGGAAUUUUGAUGACAUAAUCCUUGUUGCAGACAGAGCGGUGGGUAUCAUUAUCGCCUUCAUAGAAAGAUAUGCAAGCUUCUUGUCAUACCCUUGCAAUGUCACUGCCCUCAAACAGUGAGGUGGAACACUUAAAAUGGGGUUUAUUGGUGGAGGGGCUUCCAUAAAUGUCCUCCUUUUCUUGGUAACUGAACAGUGUGCGACUCUCCCCAUGUGGGAAAAGCUCACCUUAAUAGGUGAUGAUUGAAUGUGCUACACCUUGAUAAAAGCAUUUUCACAGUAUGCUUGUGGUUGGCGAGGGAGACUCCUUUCAUGCUAUGAAUAACUUGUAGAAUGUCAAUGCCCUUUAGCUGUUUCUUGGAAAGAAUUUAGUUCAACAGUCCAAGCUGAACACAAAUAGAGUUGUGAAUCUUGGGUGUGAAGAAAUUGUAAGCCACGGGGCUGUUUCCUUUCGACUUGAAGAUGCUUAAUGUAGUUGGAUUGAUGCGCUCCCGUUCUCACUCUCUUCCGACUCAGGCCGAGAAUGAUGAUGUAGUGAGCAUCAAGACAAGACAACUGGAAAAUAUCUUAGUGAAGUUGGCCAGGCCAUGCACGCCUGUUGGCUCGGCAUGGCACUCCUUUCCAAUAUAGCAGGUUAGGGAUUUGAAUGUGUCUGGUUUCAGAAUAUUUGUUGGGGUUGAAGUUUUAGAUGAAACAGGAGACUUGUAUUUUAUUGAUCAGAUUCCGCCGGUUGGAUAGAAGAGUUGAAAUGCAGAGGUCAGCUAUUAUUAA